AUGGCUCAUCUUGCCGCCUCUCUGGCGAUGCUGGCAGCCCAUCCUUCGCUGAAUGGCGGAGCGGGAGUCUCCGCCACCUGCGAGACGUGCUGCGUCAAGGAAGAGGUCGCUGCCGGCUUCACCAUAGGCGAGUCGUCCUUCAACAUCAAGACCGAUCGUGCGCAAGGUAAUGGCGGCACACCCGAACUCCUCCACGUCGAGGUGGUGUCGGACGAGACCGUCCUCAGGGCCGUUCUCCCGCUACCUCUUAGCACUGACUUCGCUGCUGAUGCCGAUUUUCUCGGAAUCGACGUGUACUGGACCUGCCCGGCUGGGCUCUUGACCUGGGUCUACGCCAACCUUGGCGAUUUCACCACCACUAUCUACCCUGGCGACGAGGACGGGGAUGACUGUGCCCUAACCACCCAUGGCGACCUCCAGUCGGAGCAGGCGUUCAUGUCGGUAUCGGGGGACCCCACCUCUCCCACCGAGACCUCCUCCUCCCGAGGACAUGUGAUCCCAUGUGAACCCGCAUGCAUCAGCCGGGCCUCCCAGACUGCCAGCACCACGCCUACAGCUAGCCUAGGUGCCGGGGCACCGCGUGAUGGCGUCGAGAUGACAGGUACGUCGACAGAGUCGGAUAUGGUCUAUAUAGCCUAUCAACUCUCUACGCUGUCGUGCCAUCUUAGUGUCGACCCCACAUGGGCCGAGACCGUCACCGAAGCUGCCGUCAGCAGAGCAGUUACCUCUGGAAACGACGCCGUCGCCGUGACCAUGUCGUUCGGCAGACCCGAGACGGAGACUCCCGGGGGGGGAGGACAUUGA